AUGUGCUCCAAUGCUGCCAAGAAGUCGUUCCGUCCACCUUUCAAACACACAGUUCUGUGCCACAGUGCAGCAUCCACUCACGCAGUGACGCGACAGCUCUACCGCAGCCAGGCGUUUGCGCCACAUGCAGCGUCUUCCUUUGCAGAUGACUCCUGUGCAGCAACUCUCUCGUCAACUCCCGCUUCCCACGCACCAGGUACGGCUGCCGCGGUUUCCGAGGUCUUCACAACUCCUAAGACGGCACCGGAAGGCGACGUCAACACUCUGUCGCGAGACGUGACAACCGAUCCUCUCCCCAGCGCUGAGGCUGCAAUUGCCCUCGUGAAGUGUGCGUCUUCACGUCGGCAGCUGCAGCAGAGCAUUGAUUCUCGCCAAGCGGAGCUUGCAGGUACAAAAGUGUGGUCUCUGGUAGCGGGCACGUUGCAUUGGGUGACCGUUUCGCAGGCGGCACUGAAGCACUUGGCGGACGCUCAGACAGCGGGCCAGGUGGAGCGAGUAUUGUCAGAGCUUCGCAUUGACCCGCCGUCAGUGCUAUUCUCCGUGGAGGAAGGCAGCUUCUGUCACCCAUGA